AUGCCGCGUCGAUUGUCCCAGGCUUUAAGCAGUUCACCUACCACUCCUUGGCCGUCCUUUUCUCCCGCUGAAAAGGGCGGCAAUACUUUCGUUAAGCAGACCUCUGCGAAAGCCAGCAAGAUUGCCCACUUCUUCUCCACCUCGCCCAAGAGCAAGCAAGAGGCGCAGACCGCCGCUGCGGCGUUGCUUGCUGCGAGUAGAGCCCAGGAGCAAGCGUUUCUCAACUCUGGGCCCAUUACCGGACCCUCGCUGUCAUUACCAACAAUUUCUUUGUCGACAGCUCAGGCCGACUCUCAGAACAUGGACGAGCCUACUACCACUCUCUUCCAGCCGCCUUCAGCGGCCGAGGCGAGGAAACUUGCUAAACAACAUGCCCAGUUUGGUCCUCUCAAUUCGGUCGCACACCGCUACCCUAGUCGGCACCCGGGCGGCGAAUUUCCCGAGCCAGUCCUCGACGAGCCUCCUUAUUUUUACCUCUUGACCACCUAUAUUUCCUACCUCAUUCUUAUCAUUUUCGGUCAUGUUCGCGACUUCUUUGGCAUGAAAUUCAAAGAGGACAAAUACCGCAACCUCAAGGCGCGCAAUGGAUACGCCGCCCUCAAUAGCGAUUUUGAUAAUUUUUAUGUUCGACGCCUGAAGAUGCGCAUCAAUGAUUGUUUCAAUCGGCCUACUACCGGAGUUCCUGGCCGGUAUAUCAACCUGCUCGACCGCACCUCCGACGACGGCAAUUUCCAUUUCAAGAUGACCGGCACCACCACCGAGACGCUCAAUGUUAGUUCCUACAAUUACCUCGGUUUUGCGCAAUCCGAGGGUCCCUGCGCGGAUGCCGUAGAGGAGGUCAUCCGCCGCAACGGCCUUUCUACUUGCAGCUCGCGCGCCGAUGCUGGCACAACUGAUAUGGCGAUCGAGUGCGAGGAGCUGAUCGCCGAGUUCGUGGGCAAACCUUCGGCCAUGGUCUUCUCAAUGGGUUUCGGCACCAAUGCAGCCAUUUUCCCUGCUUUGGUUGGCAAGGGCGAUCUUAUCAUCUCCGACGAGCUUAACCACGCCUCAAUUCGUUUUGGUUCCCGCCUGUCUGGCGCUAUGAUUGAAUCCUUCAAGCACAAUGAUAUGAAAGAUUUGGAGAAGCGGCUGCGCGAAGCCAUUUCACAAGGCCAACCUCGCACUCACAGACCCUGGAAGAAGAUCCUGGUCGUUGUUGAGGGUCUGUAUUCCAUGGAGGGCACAAUGUGUAAUCUGCCAGGUUUGGUCCGUCUGAAGAAGCGUUACAAGUUCCAUCUUUUCAUCGACGAGGCUCAUUCCAUUGGCGCUCUCGGUCCCCGUGGUCGUGGUGUCUGCGAUUACUUCGGCAUCAACCCUGCAGAGGUUGAUAUUCUCAUGGGAACUCUGACCAAGUCUUUCGGCGCCAACGGUGGCUACGUCGCCGGUGAAAAAGCCGCGAUGGACAAGCUCCGGGUCUCCAAUGCUGGUACCAUCUACGGCGAGACGAUGAGUCCUGCUGUUCUAGCACAGAUCAUGGUUGCUCUGAGACUUAUCAACGGCGAGAUUGUUCCCGGCCAGGGCGAAGAACGGUUACAGCGCAUCGCUUUCAACUCGCGCUAUCUUCGGCUAGGGCUCAAGAGACUCGGCUUCAUCGUCUACGGCAACGACGACUCACCCAUCAUCCCGAUCCUGCUUUACCACCCAGCCAAGAUGCCCGCUUUCUCACACGAAAUGCUGAAGCGCAAGAUCUCGGUCGUGGUCGUUGGUUAUCCUGCUACACCUUUGAUCUCUAGCAGAGCUCGAUUCUGCGUCUCAUCCGCGCAUAACAAGGAAGAUAUGGACCGAAUCCUCGCUGCCUGCGACGAAAUCGGCAAUGUUUUAUCUCUCAAGUUUGCCAGCGGCAUUGCUGGUGGUGCUCCGCCUCUUCCUGAGGGAGUCACCUGGGAGAUGGAACAAAGCCGCAAACGUCUCGAGAAGCACGACAAGGUCUCCAAGGCCAUGGUCGUCAGCCCACGCUGGACACUGGACGAGGUCAUGAGACGAGGCGUGCAAGACGUCAAGUAUCCUUUGCGAUAA